AUGAGCAAGAAAGAUGCAGGCAGUGCUGCGAUCAUUUUGGACUACCUGAAUGAAAAGAACCGGCCUUACAGCGCUCAGGAUGUGUUCGGAAACCUGCAGAAGCAACACGGCUUUGGAAAAACGGCAGUGGUCAAAGCCAUGGAACAGCUGGCUCAGGACGGAAAGAUUAAAGAGAAGGUCUACGGCAAACAGAAAAUCUACUUCGCAGACCAGGCACAGUUUGCAGAUGUGAGUGAUGCUGAACUGAAAGAGAUGGACAAUCGUAUCUCUGAGCUUAACACACAAGUACAGGCAGUAUUACAGAACUGCAGACAAUUGGAUACAGAGCUGAAAGAACUCAACAGCUCCUUAACUACACCGGAAAUGAUGUCAGAGAUUGAGGAACUGAAAGCGGAAUGUGCCGGAUACAGAGAGAGACUGCAGAAGAUCAAGACGGCGACAAAUCACGUAACUCCCGAGGAAAAAGAAAAGGUUUAUAAAGAGAGGAAUGUUUACGUGAAAGAAUGGAGAAAGAGGAAGAGACUGGCGUCGGAUAUGAUGGGGGCUAUUUUAGAAGGCUACCCCAAGAGCAAGAAGCAGUUUGUGGAGGAAGUUGGCAUAGAAACAGAUGAGGACUGUAAGGUGACCUUGCCAAGUCUCUGA